UUUCAAUUAUUUUGAUCUGUUUUACAUAUUUUCGAAAUUUUGAGUAAAAAAUUAUUUUUGUGUAAAAAAUUUUAACAAUGAGUGAAAAAACCGCCGAAACAAAUGGAGAAAUUUGCAUCAAAUGUAAUAACAAUCCCUGUGGCUGUUCCAAAAAUAAAUAUAAACGAAAGAUUUCGCCAUUGGACCACAGUGUCUUUGAUUGUCCUCUGCUAAAAAUGGCUACGGAGAAUCCAUUGCCUCAACUCUAUGUUGAACCGAUUUUUGUGCCCCAAAAUGGAAAAAUAAAAGGAAAUAGUCAUGAUAAUGAGGAUAUAUUCUAUGACUGUUCGGCCGGCUCCGAAGGAGAUUCUAAUGGCAAUAUAAAGCCAGCCGGCCACAGUUCAAUUUUGGAUGUGAUCAAUAAUAUCCGUAAUCCUCAUGAAUUUAAAGUUAUGUUGAGGGAAAUGGCUCAGACUUCCCAUGUAUUGUAUAAAUGUUUUAAAAAAGCACAUCACAAGGCAAAGAAGGCGGAAAGAAAAAUUGCUGUGAAAUGUAAGAAGUGUGCCAAGGAUGUAAAUGGAAGAACGGAAAAAUUACAAAAGAAUUACGAAGUUAAAAAUGAAAAUCCGACAACUCAAAAUUCAUUUAUGAUGCCUUUGAAGGUAUCCAGUGCCGUAAUGAGCCAAAAUGGCGUGGAAAUUAAAUCCGAAGGCCAGCCCGAAAUGAUACAAAGUCCUUCCUAUGACAGAUAUUGGAAUUUGGGAAGUGCUGAAACUAAUAUGAAUUGUUCGCCAGAGGAUUGUUCAAAUCCGUGCGGCAAUCAUAACGAUGUAGGUCUAGGUGUUCCUGACAAGUGUACUCUUGCGAGGAAGUAUGCAGAAGAAGCAUCCAAAAUAAAAGUUGAAAAUCAGGAUUCCAAGGAGACUUCCCUUGAGAUCGAUGUAAAGGAAAACUAUCGGGAAAAUGUAUUUGGUAAGCAAAAAUUCGAGGGUGGAGUUGAAGGUCGAGUGACAUCAGAUAAUGUGCUUUCAACUACAGGACUUAGUAACCAUGCUAAAUGCUUUGAGGAUCCUAAGUCAAGUAAGGAUCAAAGUCUGCUAAUGUGUAACUGCACAAAAUUAUCAGACUACCCCCCUAUUGCAAGUCCAAACUCCUCUAAGGAUAAUAGCAAUAUUCAGUCACCAUUUGCUGGUAAUAAUGUAACGGAUCCAAAGGAUUUAAAAAAUAUCCUCAACUGUUCAUGUGUGCCCAUCUCUCCCCAGGAUCAUUCCACUCAUCAUCGUCACAAAUCAAAGUCUCAUAGGAAAUCUCCGAAAUCCAUAAAAAUGCAACCCAUAUCCUUUAUUCUACCCAUAAAUCUUCAAAUACAACAUCGAAAUAACGAGACUCAAUUCGUACACACCCAUCUGGCCAUGGAAGCUCAUGCCGAAAUGGAUAAUAGAAAACCAACAACACAAACAAAACAAAAUAAGCAAUUUAUGCACGUGGCUCAAAUUACCUCAUCUCAGACACAAACCGUAAAUGGCAACAAAACAACAAGUGGCCAAUAUUCCGCACAUUUGGAACAACAAACUCAAGCUGGCAAUUUUAGUUUUUCAAGUGAGGUCUUCUAUUCCUGUUCCAGUUCAAGUGUAGAGGACAUGAAGAAUUUGCCUCCUCAGAGGCCCUGUGAAUCCCUGGUGGAAAUAUUCAAUAUUGUCAAGAGUCGUCUAGACCAGGAUAAAUGCAUACCCAGGCAAGUCCUUAAAACUAUGGUUUCUAAUGAUAUCAAUGAAUGUUUGGCCAAUGACAUAACAACAACACCAUCCUUUGCAGAACGUGAGGAGACGAGGGUGAAUAUAGAAGCUUUGGGAAAUUUAGGAUCCAAAACCAAAGUUCCAAUAAAAGAGGAAAGUUUCCAAAAAAUCCAACCAAUUUCAAAGGAUAUUUUUGAAAAUAUCCAAAGCGCUGCUACAGAACCCAAAUCUACUCCUUGGGAUGAUGGGAACUUAGAUGAACCAUUACUGAAGAUUCCCACAAAAAUUGAGUACUCAGGACCCUCAUUGUCCAAAAGUUUUGGUGAAGUAACACCAGUCCCUUCACAGCUUUUGGAAGAACAAAAACCGGAAAAAGUCAAAUUUUCAAUACCUCAAAAAGUUCUACCUGAAGAUUCAUUGGAGUCGGUAACACAAAACAAGGAAAUAAUAACAUCAAUGGACUCUCAAAAAUCCAUUAGCCCCAAACCUUCCAAUGGAACCUCUACAAUAUCCACAAAACCUUCUGUGCCCCCUACUGGACUUUCAAGAUCCCAAGGCCCUAAAACCAGUAGUCCUCUCAAAAGAGAACAAACAUUUAAAACUGAAAAUGACAACUUAACAACUCCUACAACGGCGGGUUUCUCAGACAACAUUGAACUAAAAUCCGAACCAGCACUCAAGGCCGAAAGCAUGUCGGACUCAAAAAUUCGCCUCGAUAAUAGCCUCGAUUUUCGUAAUAUCAAAACUGAACCCUUAACUUCAGAAUACCACAAGGAAAUGCAUAUCCCUAAAUCAUCCAAUUUUUCCUUGGAGACCAAAUCAAAACUGGAAUUUUCCAGCAGCACAAAAGUAUCGGAAGAAGUACAAACUGAUGUGCUGUCAGCCCAGGCAGAGGCCCACUUUCGUCGCAAUGGAAUUCGCAGGGAAAUCCAAGAAAAUUUAACAGAACUUAUUGCGCCCACAACCAGCAAAUAUCAAGCCCAAGACAAAAACGAGAUACUAAGAGAUUUGUUUGCUCUCUUUAAUCCCCAAAAAGAUGGUCCAAUUUCAAAUGAAACAAAUUACGGAAAUGUCCUGGGGAAAUAUUCUCCCUCUCCCAGUGGUUCUCAUAAGUGCCACAAUCGAGAACCAUGUAAGUUUAUCAAACUCCAGGACAUCGGCCUCAUUCUCAAUCCCAAAUACAACAAAAAACCUUCCAAACACUUCUCGAAAAACGAAAGAGAUCGGGUGCUCAUCCACUUACAACAAAUUCUUCAACCAAGACAUGGGCGAAUAAAUGCAACCCCAAAAGAUACCCAGCAAAUUCUUCAAAAUAUACAACUCAUUUUGGAAUCAAAAAGUGAUUUCGAUAUUCCCAAGAUUCCAUCUUCGUUAGAUGUGAACAUGCGCAAUAGCGUUUUGGAAGAUAUAAAAUAUCUCCUACAAAUUCAAUGCAUGAAAAAUCCCCUAGAGGAGUUUCCAUCAACAUCCUGUGCUUUAUCGCAGCCCUAUGUUGCCCUCAUACCACCCGCAAGACCCAAGACAAUAUCUGAAAGUAAACGGGAGUUAUCAAGUGAUGAAGAAAUUCAGAUCAAUGAGCAAAAAAAGCAAGGACCACCUACUCCAAAGAAACCGAAAAGAAAAAUACAGAAACUCCAAAAGAAUGAUGAAAAUGAACAAAUACCGAAAUCUAAUGAGGUGGAUAAUCCUAAACAAAUGCCAUUAACGGAAGUUCGCAAUCGCAGCGUACGGAUUGCCUCAACUGAACCUAAUGCCACUAAUUUAGUAUCAACCUCAUCAGAUUCGUUUUUCAUUGAUCUCGAUGAAGAUCUAUCAGAUGAAUUGGAGAGACGUUCAACAACAUUUCAAAGACGGUCACGUUUCAAAUCGGGCUGUGACCGAGAAGCAUUCUUGGGAGAAAAUGAUGGAAAUCGAAUGACUCCUAAAAACAAUAAAAUAAUGCUACGAGUGGGCUCCUCAAAUGCCGAAGUAGAAAAUGCCACAAAUUAUCCCAGAUAUUUCAAGUAUCCAACUUUAGGUAUUAAAAGGUAUUCUCUUUUUAAUAUCCAGCGACAACAAAGAAAAAUAAUGAACGAACGCCGCCGUCAAAUCCAAACACAAGCCAAUCAAGAAAUUCCGCUAACACUUGCUUUGCAAUCGUCCAAAAUUAAAUUGUUCAGACUUUAAAAAUUAACAUUUUACAAUGUUUACAUAAACUUUUAUUGUAAAUAAAAUAAUUUAAAAUUUUUUAGUAAA